AUGGGCCUGGCUUUGACCACCCCAAGUAUGGCCGGAGUCGAGUACUUGGUGUGUGGCACCCUUGGGUGGGUUCCCAUCGUAGGCCCUCUCCUGAGCCCUAUCCUUUGCCAAAUCUCCCAGGUCCUUAAAGUUGGAGAUACCCUUCUUUUCAAUGGCCCUCUCGGCACAGUGCUUCCAGUGUACGAGGUAACUGCGGCUGCCUUUGCCACCUGCGACAUCGGCAACCUCCUCCCUGUCGGUACACUAGGGCUUCCGGUUUCCAUUCCUUUGGUGGCUCCUGGCACCCGCUACUUCAUUGCCGACCCGAUUAACUGCCUUCUCGGAUUCAAGACCAACGUCACCAUUGCAUCCGCCUGA